AUGUUUCCCCAGCCAUGGACCUUCAUACUCACAAUCAUUGCAACUUCACUGCUCAUGUCCUCACUGGUUAAGUCAUUUCCAGAAGCUGAUAAGAGCAUGUUCUCUGAGGUAGAUUUCAAUUUCCCUGUUGCUUCUGUAGGGCCUGGCUGUACAUCCGUUGGAAUUGGAGCUUUCACCGAACAUGGUCCUUUUGUUACAAAUCAAGGAGAGGCUAUUGAGAAAAAUCAGUACAGUUGGAACAAAGAGGCAAACAUUUUGUACCUGGAGUCACCAGCAGGUGUUGGUUUCUCUUACUCUCUCAAUUUGUCAUUUUAUAAAGCACUGGACGAUGAGAUAGGAAACCCUCUUUUGGAUUUUGACACUGAUAUGAAUGCAGUUGAUGAAUAUUACUGGUCUCAUGGAAUUAUAACUGAUCAUGCUUACAAAAUCAUGACCUCUCUAUGUAACUCAUCUAGACUAUUAAGAGAAUACAUCAGAGGCCAACUUUCCAACGAUUGUCUUCUUGCAGCUCGAAAAGUCUCAGAAGAAUAUUCGUUUACAUCUUUCAUUGACCCAUAUUAUGUCAUUGGCAACAGAUGUCUUUCUUACAAUGUAUCUCAGGCAGGUUUUCUUAAGGAGAUGCUAAGUUCAGAGAUGUUUCAGUUUAGGAAAUCCCAUGAUGUGCUUCAAACCCAAGAACCUGAGCAGCAACUUGAUGAGUGUAAUAUGAAAUAUUCAGAGAAGUACUUGAACAGGAAAGAUGUGCAGAAGGCUCUUCAUGCCCGGCUGGUGGGAACUACCAAUUAUCGUUUAUGCAGGAAGAUUGUACUGGCAAAUUAUGACCCAUUGAACAGGGAGAUACCGACAAUUAAUGUUGUCGGGUUCCUUGUAAAAUCAGGUCUUCGAGUCAUCGUUUACAGUGGGGACCAAGACUCAGUGAUUCCAUUCAUGGGCACGAGAAGAUUGGUUGAAAGCCUAGCAAAGAAACUACGACUCAAAACAACCUUGCCUUACAGUGCCUGGUUUGUGGACAAACAGGUUGGAGGAUGGUCACAAGUUUAUGGGAAUCACCUCAUGUUUGCCACAAUAAGAGGAGCUUCACAUGGCACUCCAACUACCCAACCAAAGAGAUCUUUUCUUUUGUUUGAGGCGUUUCUUCAAGGGAAACCACUCCCUAAAGCAUAA